GCAUUUGUAUCCAAGUCAGCCACUGCUACAAGGUCAAGUCAGAUAAAGACUCGAGAGCAUCCCUUGGAUUUAGCAACAAGGAGGUAUUUAAGAGGCCGAAGCAGGGCCAGGCAGGCUGGACGCCAUGCUCUUCACCGAGACUGCCCACUUCGUAGUGAAUUUUCUUCUGUCCCGACGGCCCCGGGCCACGCCCCCGCACCGCCUGGACCAGGAGUUGUGUUUCUGGGGCUGCCGGGGCCCGGCCUUGCCGGCGCCUGCCUCCCGCCGCAGCCUGGGCGACUACUGGCUGAGCCCGCAGCGCCGCCGCCCGCCGGGCGCCGCCUGGCGCUGGCCCGCGCGCAACCUGCUGCUGCUGCCGGGGGCCACCGGCCUGGCCGACGUCCCCUCGGCGCGCUGGCCCAGCUGCUACGGCGCGCGCCCGCGCCUCACAUGGAAGCACCGAUGGCAGAAUAUUAACUAUCAAUUUCUGGGCAAGAGGAAAAGACAUCUAGUUCCCCUGCGCCCGUGAGAGCCGGGAUCCGCAGGGACCGGCUUCAGGUUCAUCACAGGAUGGUCCCGAGGCUGACUGGUGCCGAGCCAAGAUGAGCAGGAAGAUGUCCUGGGAACACUGCACAAUCUUGUGUCCCUCUCUGGGGGUGAAGAUUCUCUACUUUUGCCCUCUCCCCUGGGGUCUCUGUGUUUCUGCCCCUACUGCCCAAAUAAAGCAGUUUUCACCUC